GCUGGGGGGCGGGGGGUGGGGGAGGCCGCCCAGCGCCGAAGCGGGGGCCCCGGCCGAGGGCGCGGCGCGGCUACGCGCACGCUGGGGCGCGUGGAGGGGCGCGGAGGGCGAUAUGAGUCUGGUGGGGGGCUUCCCCCACCACCCGGUGGUGCACCAUGAGGGCUAUCCGUUCGCCGCCGCCGCCGCCGCCGCCGCUGCCGCCGCCGCCAGCCGCUGCAGCCACGAGGAGAACCCCUACUUCCAUGGCUGGCUCAUCGGCCACCCCGAGAUGUCGCCCCCCGACUAUAGCAUGGCCCUGUCCUACAGCCCCGAGUACGCCAGCGGCGCCGCCGGCCUGGACCACUCCCAUUACGGGGGGGUGCCGCCGGGCGCCGGGCCCCCGGGCCUAGGGGGGCCGCGCCCGGUGAAGCGCCGGGGCACUGCUAACCGCAAGGAGCGGCGCAGGACUCAGAGCAUCAACAGCGCCUUCGCCGAACUGCGCGAGUGUAUCCCCAACGUGCCCGCCGACACCAAACUCUCCAAGAUCAAGACGCUGCGCCUGGCCACCAGCUACAUCGCCUACCUCAUGGACCUGCUGGCCAAGGACGACCAGAAUGGCGAGGCGGAGGCCUUCAAGGCGGAGAUCAAGAAGACAGAUGUGAAAGAAGAGAAGAGGAAGAAGGAGCUGGAACACAGAACUAUAACUGAAAAGCAGUUUUCUCCAGUUCCGACCAAGUGCCCACAGAAUGAAAUCUUGAAAAGCACAGUGAGCAGCAACGACAAGAAAACCAAAGGCCGGACGGGCUGGCCGCAGCACGUCUGGGCCCUGGAACUCAAGCAGUGAGGAGGAGGAGGAGGAGGAGAGCGCGAGUGAGCCGGGGCCCAGGAGCCGGAAGCAGACCCAGGACUCCGGGCAAGCUCUCCACGCUCCGCUCUGAGGACUUCUUGCAUUUGGAAUCAUCCGGUUUAUUUAUGUGCAAUUUGCCUCCCCUCUCUUUGCCCCCCUUUGAGGCAUCCGCUCCCCACCUCCCCCUCCAAAAAAAAAAAAAGUGGAUAUUUGAAGAAAAGCAUUCCAUAUUUUAAUAUGAAGAGGACACUCCCGCGUGGUAAGGGAUCCCGUCGUCUCGUAGAUUCUGUGUGUGUGAAUGUUCCCUCAAGGCGGUGUAGACACCAGCGUUGCUCCCACCCCACUUACCCAACCCCUUCCAGAUAAAGACAGCAGACAAUAGUGUGUAUGUAAAGUGUAUCUUUAAUACUUGGCCUUUGGAUAUAAAUAUUCCUGGGGAUUAUAAAGUUUUAUUUCAAAGCAGAAAACGGGGCCGCUAACAUUUCAGUUGGGGGUCGGUAUCUAGUGCUGUCUUUUCAUCUGUGGUCGUUCCCUAUUCGAAGAUGUUUCCAACAGCUACUUGUUUUGUGCACUUCCGUCCUCUAAAACUAAGUGGAAUUUAAUUAAUAUUGAAGGUGUAAACGUUGUAAGUAUUCAAUAAACCACUGUGUGUUUUUUUACAAAAACCCCAAUCUUUUAAUGGUUGAUACCUCAGAAGAGUUUUGAAAACAAAACUGUUAUACUUGUUUUCAUAAUAUUUAAAAUAUUCAGAAGUAAACUAAAUUAUCAUGA